AUGCGUGGUGUCCCGGUUGUAGUUCUAAGUACUUUAACGUUGUUUUCGUCUGAUCGUCUCCCUUAGAUCCAAACACCAAACGCGAACAUGGCCGAAAUGUCCAGAUGGGCAAUAUUCAGGCUGGCAAAACUGUUGCAGAUGUCAUCCGCACUUGUCUUGGUCCACGAGCCAUGUUAAAGAUGCUAAUGGAUCCUAUGGGCGGGAUAGUAAUGACUAACGAUGGGAAUGCAAUUCUACGAGAAGUGUUUCUUCAUUUGAUUAGGUUCAAUUAUUAGAUUACUGUUGAACAUCCUGCCGCCAAGUCGAUGAUUGAGAUAGCCCGAACUCAAGACGAAGAAGUUGGAGACGGCACCACAUCCGUCAUAAUCCUUGGUAAGCGGUACGAAAUAAACGCAUAUAGUAGCCGGUGAAAUGCUUUCUGUUGCCGGACCUUGUUUGGAGAAACAGAUCCAUCCGACGAGGGUGAUUUCUGCAUUUCGCCAGGCGCUUGAGGAUAUACUUACAGCGAUAGAUACGAAAUUCAGGUAGCUGCUAUACCCGCUCUGUUAUCCCUUAUUUAGUAUCCCCAUUGAUGUAAAUGAUCAUGGUUCGAUGGUUAACUUGGUCAAAAGCUGCAUAGGAACCAAAAUAAUUAGCAAAUGGUGAGUCGAUAAAACGCCCUACGCUAUCUUCAGGAUUGAUCUCGCCUGCAAACUAGCGAUCGAGUCUGUCAAACGGGUGACCAUAGUAGAAAAUGGAAGGAAGGAGAUCGACAUUAAACGUUACGCAAAAAUCGAGAAGGUAGUUUGUUUAUUGUUCUAUUUUCUACUUAGAUUCCGGGAGGUUCUAUUGAAGACUCGACUGUUCUGGAUGGAGUGAUGUUUAACAAAGACAUUCUGCAUCCGAAAAUGAGGAGGCGCAUUGAAAACCCUCGCAUUCUGCUUCUGGAUUGCAGUCUGGAGUACAAGAAGGGUGAGAGUCAAACCGCAAUGGAAAUAUCCGGAGAGAAAGACUUCACGUAUGUCGACUUUCUAAUGCACUAGUAACAUUUAGACGUGCUCUUGAAAUUGAAGAAGAAUACAUUAACAAGAUAUGCGAGGAUAUAAUUAGGCACAAGCCUACCGUCGUCAUAACAGAAAAAGGUGUUAGCGAUCUAGCUCAACACUUCUUGGUCAAGGCGGGUAUCUCAGUCAUUCGUCGCCUUCGAAAAACGGACUGCCUUCGGAUCGGUCGUUGUUGUGGGGCCACGAUUGUCAGCAGGACCGAGGAGAUAAAGGAGGAAGACAUUGGCACGGAAGCGGGUCUUUUCGAGGUGAAAUUAAUCGGCGACGAGUACUUUACCUUCAUCACUGGCUGCAAGGUAUUGAACUUUCAGUCACAUACCUGCUUUUUUAGAAUCCAAAAGCCUGUAGUAUAGUCCUUAGGGGUGCAAGCAAGGAUGUCCUCAACGAAAUCGAAAGAAAUCUGAAUGACGCCAUGUCGGUCGUUCGAAGUGUUGGCAUGGAGCAGCGCCUUGUGCCUGGCGGCGGAGCCUUGGAAAUGGCCCUUGCGCAGGAACUUAGUCAGAAAGCAAAAACCUCGGUGUCGGGAAUUCAGCAAGUUGCCUACCUGGCUGUCGCUCAGGCCCUGGAGGUUAUUCCCCGAACACUUGCUCAGAACUGCGGGGCCAAUGUUCUCAGACAAAUAACUGAACUGCGGGCGUAUCACGCUAUCGACCCGGCCAAGAAUUGGACAAUGGGUGUCGAUGGUGAGACUGGUCAGCUGGUCGAUAUGAAGACGCUUGGUAUCUGGGAUCCAGUUGCUGUCAAGUCACAAACUUUCAAAACAGCCAUUGAAGUAAGUCUUCAGUCUAGUACUUAAUAGCCUACUUCUAGACCGCCAUCUUGCUUCUAAGGAUCGACGAUAUUGUGUCGGGAACGAAAAAGGCUUCUGACGCUGAUUCGAAGAAACCCGGUCAGGGCGACAACCUCCCUUAG